AUGAGAAAAGUUAGUGAAGUGCGGCUGGACGAGGACAAUUUAGUUUACACUGUUUGCGACGAUUUAGGCAUCAAGAUCUACAACCUCGAUCCUCUGGCUGAAAUCGGCCGGCUAGACACGGGCAGCACCGUUUCGGCAUGCAACAUCUCGCGCAGCAACAUUCUCUCCUUCGUUUCGGGAGGCGAGCGACCCAAGUUUUCGCAAAACACGCUGGUCAUUCACGACGCCGAGAAGGACUCGCUUGUCAUGGACUUUACUUUCGGCGAGCCAGUUCUCAAGACGCUUCUGACGAAAGAUACAGCAAUCGCGUUGUUAAAAACGAUGUGUUACGCUUACUCUGUUCCUGAUGGUCGUCUCCUAGUAGAAGCGCCCACAAGAAACAACAGAUUCAAGCCAAUUCACUUCAGAGGAAAUCGACUCGCUAUAGGAGGGCACAAACAAGGUUCAGUUCAUGUCUACGAUAUUGGUUCGUUGAGAGAACGGAAGAGCAGCUCCCCACCCGUGCAAAUUUACGCUCAUCAGGGCGAAAUAGCGAUCGUCCGUUUAAACACGUCCGGAACGAAGCUGGCUACUGCUUCUGAUAAAGGAACGCUUAUUCGAGUUUGGGACACGAACACGAAGCAACGACUCAUUGAAUUUCGCCGUGGUGCUGACCCUGCUCAGAUUUACUCGAUCGCGUUUUCGAAGGACUCUGCUUUUUUGGCUGCAACUGGAGAUAAAGGAACGCUGCAUCUAUUCGCACUAAAAGACAAAGUUUUGAACAAAACUUCCGCUUUUGCUCGGGCUGGCCGCGUGGCAAUGAUUCCAACUCAGUACACGGACUCGCUUUGGGCGCUGGCGACGGGCCCGAUUCCCGAAGAAACGGAGAGCCACGUCUGCUUCAUGAACCAGAAUCGCAUCGCUGUUGUUGCCGUCGACGGGACAGUUCACCUCUUCCAGUUCUCGACCGACGGCGCUCUCAAUCGAGUAGAAGUUCGCAACGCCAACGAGUUGGACAUUCACGACGACAAUUGGUGA